AUGGCUCGUCUGUCGGCGUUGCUCGUCCUGGCGGCGACGCUGCUCAUCCAGGGCGUUCACGGUGCUUGUGACAACUAUGGGAUUGAGAAUGGCACCAAUUGCAUCUGUCCUCCUGGCGUUGGUGGCCAGGAAUGCCAGCUCCCGACGUGCGGUGGUACUUUGUACGACGGCCCGUCGCGUCCGACUGUACAACCACAGAACGGAGCUCUCUACGGAAACUCAUCUGGCUGUUCUUGUCCAAACGGCUGGGCUGGCGUGGGCUGCAAUGUCUGCGAAUCUGCAUCUGCUUGCUCGUCUGCGUAUCAGAGCAAUUUCGGUGACCAAAAUUCAGCCAUAACUUCAUCGGGAGGCGUAUCCGCAAUCACUUGCUCCAAAACGCCGAGAGUGUACGCUGUUGGGCAAAUGUCGUGCGAUGUCAACAAUCCUACGAUCCACGCGCUCUAUCCGGGCAAGACCACGCUGAACAUUCUUCGCAAUCUCAAUCCUUCCAAUACACUUGCUGCCAAUGUUUCCAGCUAUGGAGCGGCCGGCUCCGUACACGCCCAACUGUGGUACGAUGGCGAGGAAGAGUUUUUCUGCAACGCCGAUAGCUGCCAAGCGGAAGAAGCAGAUGGGUCCUCUCACUGGACAUGUCACAACCUGAAGUGCACAUGCCGUACCAAUGCGACCAUGUGUGGGCGCUUUCCGAGUACGUCCAUCAAAGGGACCAUUGAUGCCCUCAGUGGUGACCUUGAAAUCAAAUGCGACACCCAGAGCGAUGGCACAGUCCGAUGCGCGUUCCUUCAAGACACGAUCAAGUCGGUCUUUGGUGCAUCUGGCCUACCCAUGGACAACUGCCGAGUCGGCGAAUGUGUUGCUCAAUCAGUCAUCGAUGCCGCGAAUAACGGCAACUCCUCUUCCUCAUCGAGCAAUGCCUCCAAAGGCAAAGAGCUUUCUGGAGGUGUCAUUGCCGGCCUUGCUGUUGUGGGAGCACUUCUCUUGGCUCUGCUCGGCAUGUUCAUUUGGGGAUGGAUUGUUCAGCGCAACGCUCGGAAAACGGGCACAGAUCAAGCGGUCAAGAGCGGUGGCGUCGCCAUUAGCUGGUCUGGCAUCAAUUACUCUGUACCAGCAUCAAAUUCGCAACCAAUAUUCAAGAAAGGCUCCUCUGCCAGUGUAGGAGAUCGACAUAUUCUCCAUGACUUGUCUGGAGAAAUUCGUCCAGGAGAGCUUUUGGCUAUCCUUGGGCCAAGUGGAAGUGGAAAGAGUACGACUAUUGACAUCUUGGGAGGCAAGAGCAAAGUGGGGAAGACCGCUGGUGCUGUGAUGUUUAGCACAAUGAGUCCUGCUGGACAACGAAGUGAUCCAGUCAACAAUCCACGGAUCGGAUUCGUCGACCAACAGGAUAUUCUUCCGUCCAUGUUGACUGUCGAAGAGGCUCUCCUUUUCGCUGCCAACUUGCGGCUGCCCGAAUCUGUCAGUCAAGAGCAGAAGCGAGCAAAGGUCUUUGAAGUCAUGAAGCAGUUGGGCAUCCUUGAUAUCAAGGAUACAAGGAUUGGAAGCCAUGAGCGACGCGGAAUCUCUGGAGGCGAGCAAAGGCGUGUCAGCAUUGGACUCGAAUUAGUGGCUUGCCCGGAUAUCUUGAUCCUUGACGAACCAACUUCUGGUCUCGACUCAGUGUCAGCUACCAAAGUAGUCAACGUCCUUCGUGACCUCGCACACGAUCCCGAGAAUCCCACUGCUGUCAUUGCAUCCGUUCAUCAACCCAACUCUAAGAUUUACCAGCUUUUUGACAAGGUUCUUGUCCUUUCUCGCGGCCGUGAGCUCUACUUUGGGCCUGGUGGGCUCGCACCAGGUGACUAUUUUGCCGCCCGUGGACAUCCAGUUCAAAAAGGUUACAACAUUGCGGAUCACCUCUUGGACAUUGCUUCCGACCCAACCGACGACCUCUUGAGCUCAAGCCAGCGCAAGUCUGCCUCGCAAACGUCCGGCACUGGAACGAUUACAACUGAAGAUGAACGGACUCGCGCUGAUACCAACGCUCAUACGCCCAAUGAAGUUGAAAAUCGGGAUCCUGAAAAGGCAAUGUCCAAGGAGCAUGUUCCUGAAACCAAGAAACACUCCAGCCUACGCUCGCCACCGUUGAUGUCUACUUAUCGCUCAACCUUCUUGACUCAGCUUGAAGUUCUAUGUGGUCGGGAGUGGAAAAUUCUCAAACGUGACAAAUCUCUGUUCUUCGCGCACUUAUUUGCAGCUGCGGUUCUUGGUGCUUUCUGCGGUGGUUUAUACUUUAAGACGGGUAUUACCAUUGCAGGCUUCCAGAGUCGAGUUGGAUGCUUGUUCUUCCUUGGGUCGCUUCUCUCCUUCUCGGCGCUGAGUGCGCUGUACAACUUGAUCGAAAUCAGACCGUUGUUCUUGAGAGAGCGCGCGGGCUCCUACUACAGUCCUACCGCCUGGCUGCUAUCCCGAUUCUUCUUCGACGUGAUUCCGCUUCGCGUUGUACCGACUUUGAUCGUGUCGACCAUUGUUUAUUGGAUGGCCGGCCUUGCCCCAGAUGCUGCCCACUACUUCAAAUUCUUGUUCAUUUUGGUUCUUUAUACCCUUGCAAUGACUCUAUUCAACUUCCUCCUUGCAUGCACCUUCCGCAACGGAGGUGUGGCCAUCCUGCUCUCGGCCAUCUUCAAUCUGUUCAUCAUGACAUUUGCCGGAUUCUUCGUUCAUUUGAGCGAUAUUCCUCCUGUGUUGAGAUGGCUGCAGUGGUUCAGUCUUCUCAAGUACUGCCUUGAAGCCCUUGCCGUCAACGAAGUAGGCUCUGGCCUUCAGAUCGUCGAUGUCCUACAAGGCGUGCCUGUCAACGUAUCCGCACAACUCAUUAUGAAUUUGUUGUUCGGAUUUGGCGAGAACAACUAUUAUAGGGAUGUCUUGGUUUUGUUUGCGUUCAUUGCAGGGUUCGGUAUCGCUCUGAUAACCAUCGUCUGGCUCAACGUUAGGGAACGACGAUAA